AUGUCCUACAUUCUAUUGCCAUUGGAAUGGCUACCUGGUACUCUGCAGUGUACGAGGCCCCUGGCCCAAAUCUCUAUUGCAAAAUGCCUUGCCAUCCUGUGGACCAUCCUGAUCACCCUAUUAGGCAUGAGUGACCGCGGUUUGCAAGGGAAGUUCUUUUCGAGACAACCAGUCCUCCGGGAUCCGCUUGCUAGUUCUAUCGACGGUGCAUCAUAUGUUGAGAACAUUUGGCGCAAAUGCAUUUCCACCUACAACGCUUGGAAAGCAAACUAG